UCAUGACAACGCCUCCGCAGCGGCCUGGGGGUGAAAAGGAAUAUGUGGAGCCGCGGGAAGGAGGCCCCCUGGGCGGGGCCCCGAUCCCCCCCUCCCGCUCCCACUACAGCCCCUAAUCCGUCCUGGGCCCUGGCACACGGCAGUGGACUGAGCAGAGGAAAACCAACCUUUAGAAAGAGGAAAUGGAAGGCUGGGGAAGUUCCAGAAGCUAUUGGCCAUCUCCAGGAAAAUUAUUAUAAUCUCUGUAUGGAAAAGUCCCAGAAAAUUAAUUCUUUUAUAUUGCAUAUACUCCAAGAAGUGGAUGAAGAAAUUGAAAAGGGGUCGGAAGGAAUCACAUUAAACAUUGCUGGUAACAGUUGCUUACUGCCAGAAGAAAGAGUAACAGGUGAAGAUUUUUGGAUUCUUUUCAGAAUUUUAAAGAAGAAUCCACAUAUUAAUGCCUGUAUUCACCCGUGUUCUUCAGGUCUGGAUGUUAGAUACAACCUCCUGAGUGAUAUUGGUGCAUACUAUGCCGCAAGACUGCUUCAGAAACAACAUAAACUCACUUACUUAAACCUUAUGUUUAAUGAUAUUGGGCCCGAAGGUGGAGAAUUGAUUGCUAAAGCACUACACAAGAAUACAACUCUGAAAUACCUAAGAAUGACUGGAAACAAGAUUGAAAAUAAAGGUGGAAUGUUUUUUGCUGCAAUGCUACAAAUUAAUUCAUCUUUAGAAAAAUUAGAUCUGGGUGACUGUGAUCUGGGAAUGCAAAGUGUGAUAGCGUUUGCUACAGUCCUAACUCAAAACCCAACAGUUAAGGGAAUAACCCUAAACCGACCUGUGCUGUACGGUGAACAGGAAGAGUCCACAGUUCAUCUAGGCCACAUGUUGAAAGAAAAUCACUGCCUUGUUGAACUACACCUGUGUAAGCAUAAUAUAAAAAACUGUGGUAUGAAACAGUUAUGUGAUGCACUGUAUCUGAACAGAAGCCUACGCUACCUUGAUGUCAGCUGCAACAGAAUAACUCAUGAUGGAAUGAUGUGUUUGGCUGAUGUACUGAAAAGCAAUACUACCCUGGAAGUACUAGAUCUUUCUUUUAACAGAAUAGAAAAUGCAGGAGCAAAGUAUCUCAGUGAAACUCUUGCUUCACACAACAGGAGCCUUAGAGCGUUGUCAGUAGUCAGCAACAACAUAGAGGGAGAAGGACUUGUUGCACUUUCACAGUCGAUGAAAACAAACCCCACGUUCUCGAAUGUCUACAUCUGGGGAAACAAAUUUGAUGAGGCUACAUGUAUGGCCUAUUCAGACUUAAUUCAAAUGGGCCGUCUAAAACCAGACAAUACAGAUGUGGAACCAUUUGUGGUGGAUGGAAAUGUGUAUCUUGCAGAAGUCUACAAUGGCCUUAAAAAGCAUUACUACUGGAGACCAACUUAUGGAGAAGCUUGCACGAAUUCACCUAAUGCAGGUUUUACUCUUGUACCAGUAGGUGGACAUCUAUGAAAACCAAGCUCUAAAAUAAUUUUCAUGUAUCUGUCUUAUGUUAGUAUUUUAUUGCCUAUUUUUCUUAAAUUAGAAUGUUUUAUCUUUUAUACAUUGGAAAAAAGGGACUAUUAAAAUGACUUUGUAUGCCUACCUAUUGUAGAAAAACAGUAGUCUAAUUCUUUAAAAGAAAUUUGACAGGUGAGGGAAGAUGGCAGAAUAGGAGGACCCUGAAUUCACCUCCCCCCACAGACACAUGGAGGCAACUGCUACCUGUACUGCAACGCACUCUGGAAACCACCUGAAGGGGGGCAGAACAGAUCUUCCACAGCUAGGGGUAGAGACAAGGUCACAUCAACAAGGGUUGGAGGGACAGUGAUGCCAUCGGGAAUGAAACCCCUGGAGUGACUACUCACAAAGGCGAGGGACAUCACAGGUAAGGAGGAGUGACCCCACAAUGGACACUCCUGGCCCUGGGGACUUGCACUGGGAAGACCAGUCUCCAGAAGGUCUGGCUUUGAAAACCAGUGUGGCUUAACUCCAGGAGAGCUGAAGGGCUACAGAAAACCAAAUCUCCACCCUUUAAAAGCCAACACAUUAAAUAACUUGGCCCAAGACAGAGCAUAGAAGCAGCAGUUUGAAAAGUGCCUGGGGUAUAUGUUAGGGAGAUUUACUGACAGUUUUAGGAUGUGUACAGGAGGGGCAGGAAUCUAUAGGAAAUAAAGGAGCUUUCUCCAGCAAUGAAAGUGCUGGUGGGUGCCAUUUUUCUUGCCCUCUCCCAGCCUAGACAGCUAGACACUCGUAGAAGCCAGCUCUGACAUUCUCCCCCUACCUUGCUAGCACUGUGUGCCCUGCCCUGUCUACCCUGCCCACUGUGGUAGGCACCCCUCCACAGCACCUCCUGCCCUGGGGAGUGGGGAGCUAACCCCACACACCAGUACACGUGCAGUUGCUAUAGGCACGCUUCUCAGCUGCCUACAUAGGAGCAAGCCCUACCCAUCAGUGUGUCUGCAGCAGCCACAGAGGCUCGUUCCAGACAGCCAGGCUAAUGGCCAGCCCUGCCUACCAGCAAGCCCACAGGUGCUGCAACCAGGUCUCACAGCCAGCCACACAGGAAGCAAGCCCUGCCCACCAGUGAGCCCAUAGCAGGCAAAGCUGACCACUGUAGACAGGCUGAGCGCUGGGCCUGUCUGCAUGCUGUAGAGACUACGAGGGCUCCUUAGCCAGCUGUGCAGUAGACAAGCCCUGUCCCCAGUGUACCCUCAACACUACAGGAUGGUCAUUAGAGCCAGUGGGGCAGAGGGCUAGCAUCUUCUAGCAGCAUGCCAGCAUCGGUCAUAGCUCAACCACAACAGGUUCUGGUGACCAGAGAGAACUGUGUGGCAGGAAACAACAGGACCCCUUCCACACAAGGCCACUACUUUCAAGACCAGAAGAAGCAGAGGACCUACCUAAUUCAUAGAAAUACAAAAUGAGGAGACACAGGAGUAUGUCCCAAAUGAAAGAAGGCAAAACCACAGAAAAAGAGAGAAGCAAUAUGCCUAAUAGAGUUCAAGGUAAUAGUCAGAAAGAUACUCACCGGACUUGAGAGAAGAGUGGAUGAACUCA